UUUCACCUUUACUAGGAAGUGUGUCAUGUCCAGGAAGGGGAGGGACUCCAAAGAAUACAAGCCGCUACAGUGACAGCUGCUACAAGGUUGCGCCGUGCUAUCGCCUAGUUAUCAUCAAGGCAAACAUUCCAAAAGCACGCUAUUGCGUGUCGAUCUUAUGCGACAAAACUGCGCUGGUAAUAUUGUUUUAAUUGCAAUGCAUCAUUGCAUUGGCGUGGCCUACCCUGCUACGUGAAGAAAGCCUAGCAUAGGCUAACGAUAAGCAUAUUGAUAUCAAUGCACAGCCAGUGCCCGUGAACUUUGUCACAUAAUCCCUCCCUGGUGCAAUGUCCACCUCUUUCUUGUUGAGAAACGGUAAGAGGGUGUUUUCGGUAAUCGGCGGGGGGUGCAGAGGAACCGAUGCACUUUCUAGAGUUCAUUUCGUAUCGCGCCGCUUCAUUAUAGAUUUGUCAUACUCCACGCACUUCAUGGAUUUGAAAGGUUCCUCGAUACCGAGCUCCAUGAAAAAGCUGGUCGUAACGAAGCUUAGCCAGAAUUUCAGAGACGCCGUUGCCUUGCAAACUGUUCCAGUCCCGACACCUGGCGACGGGGACUUGCUUGUCAGAAAUCGAUUUGUUGGAAUCAAUGCCUCGGACAUCAACUACUCAGCAGGCCGCUACGACCCUUCGGUGAAGCCACCGUUUGACGCCGGGUUCGAGGGCAUUGGCGAGGUGGUCGGACUCGGCCUGAGUGCCAGCGCCCGCUACACCAUUGGCGACACCGUGGCCUACUUUGCCGAUGGGGCCUUUGCGGAGUACACGGUGAUACCCAUGAUCAAGACCGUACCCGUACCCGCGGUGAAGCCAGAGUUCCUCACCCUGCUGUUAAGCGGUGCCACGGCCUAUAUCGCCAUGAAGCGGCUUGGCGACCUGGUGAAGGGCGAGACGGUGCUGGUGACGGCCGCUGCCGGUGGCACAGGACAGUUUGCUGUGCAGUUCGCCAAACAGGCCGGCUGCCACGUUGUGGGCACCUGCUCCUCCAAUGAGAAGGCUGGCUUCUUAAAGACCAUUGGCUGCGACAGGCCCAUCAACUACACGUCCGAGGACCUGAGCACCACGCUGCGCAAAGAGUACCCACAAGGCCUGGACGUAGUCUACGAGUCCAUAGGUGGCAGAAUGUUUGACAUGGCGGUCAACAAUCUGGCCAAUAAGGGUAGGCUGAUUGUGAUCGGAUUCAUCUCAGCGUACCAAACGGCAUCAGGGGUCCCAACUGUUAAAGGAGGAACUCUGCCCAUGAAGCUGCUCCAGAAGUCAGCUAGCGUGAGGGGGUUCUUCCUACCUCACUUCCUGUCUGACUACAAGGAGGCGAUGGGAAGCAUGAUGCAGAUGUUUGCUAAAGGGAAGCUGGUGUGUGAAGUGGACUGUGGCGACAUGGCCCCCGAGGGCCAUUUCAUGGGACUGGAGUCCGUCUUUAGGGCUGUGGACUACAUGUAUGCUGGGAAAAACGUGGGAAAGGUGGUGGUUGAGGUGACUCCACCCUCACUGGACAGCAAACUGUGAUUUGCCUUAAUGUGAAUGCACUGGAAUUCUCGAAGAAAUCGAAUGUAUGUAUGUACAAUGAAAGGAACAAUGAAAAUACAGAAUCUAAUGCAUGUAUGUACAUUGAAAUGAACAAUGUAAGUAUAUUUGUUGAAGGCAAAUUACCCGAACUGUGACAAUCUACAGUACUCUGAAUUUAAUAUAUUUUUGAACAGUUUAUUUCACCUGAAUAUAUUUAGAUAUUACUAAAAUGUUGUUCUGUGAGAGAACAGUUCCUUGUUUAAUGUUUUAAUGAUUAGCUUUACUUUAUUCAAUAGAAAGUCCCAAUAAAUGGGGAUAAUACUUGUAGAGGGAAGAUUGCUGGUGUAACAUCAGGUUAUCUCAAGAAAAUAAUGCUGUACCCCUCUAGAUCAAAUGCCUCCCUCAUUCUCGUGCUCUCUCACACACACACACUCACUUGUUUCUUUGCUCUGUGCUCAAGACUAGAGCUAACUAAAAUGUAAUCAUAUUAACGUUUGUGUUGACAUAUUAACGUUUGUGUAACUAGACCCAUGUCUGCUUUGACUGUCCACAGCUUACGCAUGAUUACUGCACUCCAGACAAUGUACCAGCAUAUCAGCUGAACUUGUCCCUCUGUUUACACAGCUGAGGACAAUAUUGCAUAAUGAUCACAUUUCGUGUUACCAGUUUAAACCUCUGUCAUUCUUUUGGAAUAUAGGCCUAAGCAUGCCCAGAGCAAUUGACCCGUUUAGUCCCCCCCCAACCCACACACACACACACACACAUACGUACAGCAUGCAUAAACAGAUUACUCAUUCAUAUAAUUAAUACAUUAUCUUAAAUCAACAGAAAAUAUUGCACAUUUCUCUGUAUUGUAGGUGUACAGUAAGUUUUAAAAUGGCUAAUUUUGAGGAGUAAUAACAUGUAAUUAACACUAACUAGAUUACAUUAUUUAUCUUACAUUCUUGAUUUUAGAAUCACAUUUUGUUGUGUUUUGUUUGAGUAAGAUCUGUUAAUACUUGUCAGAACUGAAUGCAGCAUCAGGUGUGCUUGGUAUUUUAUAGCAUGUUUGUGGCUGAUCGAAACAGCGUUCAUAUGAUCCAUCUUUCCAUUCACAUGCCCCAAGCUGACCAUAAUAAAAAAAAAUAUCCAGCUAACCAGAACUUGGGGUUGAAAAUACCAUUCGUUUUUCCCACAAGAAGCAGAAACCCACUUAUAUUGAAUGUAUUGUGGAAUGCCCUCUGAGGUAGGCCUAUGUUUUUCUUUCUUGUUUGUUACCGUGAGGAUAAGGUUCCACUUGAUGUUUUGCAUUCUCUUUAAGCCAAUUCACUAAUUUCAUUUUUUUUGUCAUUUAAAUAUUGAACCCUUUUAAGCUAAAUAUCAUGUUGUCACCUAUAUUAGAGGUGAGGGUAGAUGGGAGACUAGGUGGGAUACAAUCGUCAUGGAAAAAUGCCUUAUCUUAUAUUUUCCAUAUUAAUUCUAAAACUAUUUACAAGUUAAUGUGGGGGUGUUAUUCUGUGGCCUUUUUUUUAAGAAGUGAGAAAAGGUAAUUAAAACAUCUCUAAGACAAUACGUUAUGUAUCAAGCCUAGGAACAAAAAAACAAACACCUGUUUCCACCUGGGAGGGACGUCUGUGUGUUCAUGCACUGUGAACAUGCAAUAUCCUCCUCCAGGUGGCCACUCAAAAAAGAUCUCUGUGUGAAAUACGUUACAGGUGUGACCCCAGCAUGCAAAGCCUCUACCUUCGCCAGGCAGGCAGCUCAGGAAAUCAGAAACAUACCCACCAGCCUGAAGCCAUUUGAACCUGCACCAGUGUGUGUCUCACACACACACACACACACACCCAUAUGUGUUCCAAGAGAGAAGUGGUCUGUGUAAUGCAUACAGUGUAUUUUUGUAGAUUGGUUCUUACUAUCUUUAGUAAAAAAAUAAAAAAUAAAAAAAUUAAGGUCC